AUGGCUUCGUCAUCGCGGCCAUUAUCGCUGAUUCUUCCUCUUGUCGUUCUUUUCCUGUCGUUUUGCCACACCGUCUCGGCCAUCAAGUUCAACCUGCCAGCAUUCCGCUAUCCUCCACAAAAAUGCAUAUGGAACCCAGCUCAUCCUAACGCUCUCGUCAUUGUCACAGCCAACGUUGGGCCUGGUUUGCACCAACGCGUAGACAUCGAGAUUGUAGACUCAAGUCCGAAGAGGAAUAUCUACUUGAGCAAAAGGGGGAUCAAAGCGGAGUCGAGGCUGGCAAUCACCACGCAUUCUGAGGGUGAAGUGGGGGUGUGUCUGAGAAACUACAUCGAUACAGAUGCUAAGCUCUCGCAAGACGAACAGGGGAAAUUGAGUCGCGUCAUCGACCUAGACAUUGAUAUAGGCGCUGACGCCGUCGACUACAACGCUAUUGCUAACCAGGAAUCACUUUCUGGUCUCGAAACCGAAAUGCGUAAGCUGGAAGGACUCGUUAAGGAGGUUGUAGACGAGAUGAACUAUUUGAAGAAGCGUGAAGAGCGGUUUACCAAGACGAAUUUUUCAACCAAUAAACGCGUACAAAACUUUGCCUGGUUUUCAAUCAUCUCUCUGGCCGGCCUCGGCGCAUGGCAAAUCUUCCACCUCCGCUCUUAUUUCAAGCGAAAGUACCUCAUCGACUAA